CACACGUUUCACAUAAAUAUUUAGAAGUAUUUAACCAAAAAAAAAUUUUCUAUCAUUUUCGAAAAUUUUUUAAAUUCUUAAAAACAAUGUGUCUUGAAUAUGUUAGUUUUAAAUUAUUAAAAUUUCCAGUGCAACAUUAAACUUCUGUACAUUUUAUUCGUCGAAAAAUGUAUAUUUAGCUAUAUAUAAUAAAUACUGUUAGGUUAUUGUAAAGUGUCAAAAUACAAAAAAUAAUUGUGCUUUAUAUACAAAAAUAAUGGAGUUUGCAGACAUUAUUUCAGUUCAUCAAGUUGACAAUGUCACAUUGACAGAUAAAACUGAUGAGAACAGGAAAGGAUUUAGUUUAGAAGGCACUUUAUGCAUAACUGGACAUCAUUUCAUUCUGUCAUCCAGACAGGAAGAUCGUCAAGAACUUUGGUUACUUUACCGGAACAUCGAUGUAAUGGAAAAGAAAACUUACAAUCAAAUGGCGGGAGGAAGUAUUAUUUUUAAAUGCAAAGAUUUUCGCAUUCUACAACUGGAAAUAAGUUCUAGUGAUGACUUAAACAACGUAGUACAAUCUUUAGAAAAACUUCUAUUAUUAGGACAAACAUCGCAAUAUCCCUUUUUUUAUAGACCACAAGUGAUUAAUAAUACAAAGGCACAAGUUGAGGAUGGAUGGACUGCUUUUGUGCCCGUUUCCGAAUGGUCUAGAUUAUUAGCUGCUCAUGCAGACGAAUGGCGCAUUAGUUAUUUAAAUCGAGAUUAUAACGUUUGUAGCUCAUAUCCUUCGUCAGUUAUUGUACCUCGUCACAUAGAAGACAAUGUCAUCAUAGCGUCUGCCAAUUUUAGAGAUGGUGGCCGAUUUCCUGUUCUUUGCUACAGGCACGAUGGAGGGAGUAUUUUAAUCAGAAGUGGUCAACCAAUGUGUGGAGCUAGUGGGAAAAGAUGUAAGGAAGAUGAAAGACUUUUGAAUGCAGUUUUGGGGCCUGGCAGACGCGGGUACAUAGUAGACACAAGGUCUUCUACGCAAGCUCAAAGUGCUAGAGCUAGAGGUGGCGGAACUGAAAUGGAUGCCGCCUAUCCACAGUGGCGAAAGGUCCACAAACCCGUUCAACGACCAAGUGAUUUAAUGGAUAGUUUAAGUAAAUUAAUUGAAGCGUGCACGGACACUGGAUGUACUACUUCUCAGUGGCUUUCGCGAUUAGACAACAGCUCUUGGUUAGCGGCAAUUCAAAGUGCUCUAAACGCGGCUUGUGUAGCUGCGCAAUGCCUUCAUCAUGAAAUUGCGGCAGUUUUGGUGCACGGUAGCAGUGGACGUGAUUCCACAUUAGUGGUGACAAGUUUAACCCAAGUGAUAUUAAAUCCAGACUGUCGAACGGUACGAGGCUUGGAAGCUUUAAUAGAACGAGAAUGGCUUCAAGCGGGUCAUCAAUUUUAUACUCGCACUCGUCAUGGAGCCUUUUUCAAUUCUCAUGGACAAAAUGUACAACAUGCACCAACAUUUUUACUAUUUCUAGAUUGCCUUUAUCAACUGCAUUACCAAUUUCAAUUUAGUUUCGAAUAUACGACUGAUCUACUCGUAGAACUUUUUAAGAACGCCUAUUAUUCUAAUUACGGCACUUUUCUGGGUGAUUCUGAAGUAGAAAGACACAGAUUGAGACUUUCGGAACGCACCUUCAGUUUUUGGUCACAUAUUAAUCAGCCAGAGAUUCUGGGAAAAUGGUUGAAUCCACUUUAUGAACCGAAUGCUGGUGUUAUUUGGCCAAGCAUAGCUCCAAUUAGUAUUCAACUUUGGAAGGAAUUGUAUUUGGCUCAUACAAGUGCUGCGCCAUGGACGGGAAUGUUGCAGUGCGUUAAGGACGUGAAACAGAAUUAUGUUGGUGUUCGUAAAAUUGCCGGACAGCUUCAAAGUCAAAUUAGACGUAUUUUAGAUGAGAUCAAGUCUGAUUCGAGUGUUUCUGUUAAUUCGGAUAAUCAGGAUGAACACACUCGAAUGGCGCACUUGAAUCUCGAAUCUCAAAGCACUUGAUAAACACUCCUACUGGAAUCCAUUAUUGUAAUUAAUAUUUAUUCUUCAGUAUGCAUUUUUAAAAAUACUCUUAUAAAUCAAGAAGAAUAGAACUAAAAAGAGCAUAUCUUAAUGUAUUGAAGAGUUUUUUUAAUAAGAACGUUAGUACUCUACAUAGAAAGACCAGUAGGUUCAAAUAAAAAUGAGAGUCUACCUUGUUAAUAAAACUUUGAAUAAAAUUAAAUACACAACUAUAGUUGACGCGAGAAAAUGUCAAACUAUUUUUAAAAAUUUGCACAAUGGUCUGAAACUCCAAUUUAGCUGAACAAAACCUUAAAAAUUACAGAUUAUAAAUUACAAGCUUUAUUUGCAAAAUAGUUAAUUGGAUUCAUAAUACACACAGUAAUGCAUUUAAAUACGACAAUUAAUUACUGAGUAAGGGCUAUUGCAGUUAAUAAAUACAAAUCUGAGGCUAGUUUUCGAAAAUCGAAAAU